CAGGCUGAGUGGUCCCAGAGAGCAGACAGCUGCAGAAGCAUGCUAACCUGAUCCAGGGAGACAGCAACAGCCAACACACCACACACACUGUCCGCUGGUCUGAGGAGAUGGGGGACAAAACUGGGACCAGAGUUUUUAAGAAGUCCAGCCCCAACUGUAAGCUCACAGUUUAUCUGGGGAAGCGAGACUUUGUAGAUCACUCAGACCAUGUAGAUCCAGUAGUGGGAGUGCUCCUUGUAGAUCCAGAGUAUCUGAAAGAUCGAAAAGUGUUUAUGAGUCUGACCUGUGCGUUCCGUUAUGGUCGGGAGGACCUGGAUGUCCUGGGCCUUUCCUUCAGGAAGGAUCUGUACAUCAGCACCUUCCAGGCCUUCCCUCCCCUGCAGGAGAACAAGAAACCUCUGAGCCGUCUGCAGGAGAGGCUGCUGAAGAAGCUUGGUCAGCAUGCCUACCCCUUCAACUUCACUAUCCCCCAGAACCUGCCCUGCUCAGUGACCCUCCAGCCAGGCCCAGAGGACACUGGGAAAGCGUGUGGUGUGGACUAUGAGCUUCAAGCGUUUUGUGCCAAGACUGUGGAGGAGAAGAUCCACCAAAGGAACUCUGUGCAUUUGGUAAUCCGGAAGGUUCAGUACGCCCCAGAGAAGCCGGGUCCACAGCCGAUAGUGGAGACCAGCCGUAGCUUCCUGAUGUCUGAUAGAUCUCUUCACCUGGAGGUCUCACUGGAUAAGGAGCUGUACUACCAUGGUGAGCCCAUCAGUGUUAAUGUCCACGUCACCAACAACUCCACUAAGACUGUUAAGCGGGUGAAGAUUUCUGUUCGUCAAUAUGCUGAUAUCUGUCUGUUCUCCACGGCCCAGUAUAAGUGUGCAGUAGCCCAGGUUGAAGCAGAUGACCAGGUUUCUCCCAGCUCCACCCUCUGCCAGGUCUACACUCUGACCCCCAUGCUGGGUACCAACAGGGAAAAGAGAGGCCUGGCCCUGGAUGGAAAGCUAAAGCAUGAAGACACCAACCUGGCCUCCAGCACCAUAGUAAAAGAAGGGUGUAACAAGGAGAUGAUGGGGAUCAUGGUUUCCUACAGAGUCAAAGUCAAACUGGUGGUGUCUCUUGGAGGGGAUGUAGCAGUGGAGCUUCCUUUCGUCCUGAUGCAUCCCAAACCUACAGAGCAGCCCAGCUCCCAACAACAGUCAGUUGCUCCAAAGGCUGAUGCUCCCGUGGAUACAAACCUCAUAGAGUUUGAGAUGAAUAGUACCUCUCCGGGUGAUGACCUAGUGUUUGAAGACUUUGCUAGACUGCGGUUAACGGGAAUGAAGGAUGAGGACGACCCAUUCUGUUAGCUGCCCCUCCUCGGGUACCAUGGUUACGUGGCUGAGCGGAACGUUACAGGAAGCCUCAAGAACAUGCAUAAAUUGUACCUUUUUAUACUGUAUGGGCUAUUAGAUGUGUGUCUCUUGUUAAAGGAGCAGACCAACAAUUUAAGAAAUCUGUUGUUUGCAACCAGUAUGUUACUGUAUAAACAAGAGACGGUUAAUGCAUCAGGCAACAAUAGUGUUCAUUUAACAGGAGUUACAGUAACAUGUUUUUGAUUGAAAUGUUGCUGCUUGACUGCUGAUAUCAGCAAUAUUAUUCAUGCUGCUGUGAUUCAGGAUUUAUAAUUCUAGCAGGGAUGUCUUUAAAAGGAAACAUUCAAGUGAUAUUUUUAUAUAGAUUUUAUAUUGAUAGUAGGUCAGUUGUUGUCUUCAGGUAUCAGUAAAUGCUUUUAUUGCUUCCUAUGGAUUUGUCUAAAACCCCUUUAUAAUGAAAAAAAUCAAAUACACCAUAUCUGGAGCAGUACAAGCUAGAGGCUAGUGUUCAAAAAUGAAUAGGAAUCAUUUUAUUUUUGUAUUUUUGUCAUUUCUGUUAUUAUGUUAUAUGGACCACAUAUCAAGAAGAUGAAUUGAUUUACUGCCCUCUCUGGUUGAAGUUACAAUCAUGUUGCCCCCUGUAACCACACACAAGAAGAUUCAAGAUUUUCAGGGGGUGUUACGUUACUCUUUGAAGUGUUGGGCAAAAUGCAGUCUUUCCUGGACCCGAACACAGUAGCAAUAUAGUAUCUGGAUAUCUAUCUAUCCUGUGUCCCAAUAGCAUACAGUAUUAUUAUGCUGAUGCAAUAUGUACUUACUUAUAAAAUGAAUCAGUUAUUGGUUGGAUUGCCAUGAAAUUAAGUUCAGACAUUUGUCGCUCUCAGGAUGAAUAACAACUCUGGUGAUCCUCUGACUUCUUCUAGCACCAUCAUCACUUUGUCAAUCUAAAUUUUAAUGAAUAUAAUGCUUCAGGUUAUAAUUAAAUAUCUGCAAUGACAUUCCCAUCAGCCUCAGCUGUGCUUUGUGUUAAAUGCUAAUUAGCACAUGUUAGCAUGCCAACACCCUAAGAUGGUGACUACUGAACAUUACAUGUGCUGCACCAUUUAGCUUGAAGCGUCGCUGUGCCGAAGCAAAGCCUCACAGAGCAGCUAGCACGGCAUUGCAGAGUCGCAGUUUGGCAUCUCUUGGUACAGCUUUGUAAUGUUGUCAACAUUAGUAUGCAGAAUAUUGUAACGUUAUACUUUAUUGUAAUCACUCUGUAGUAUGGAAUUGGGACACAGUGUAGGAGUAGACUUGGCCAAAAUGUGUGCACAAAUAUGUUAGCAUGUAGCAU